AUGGCGCUGUGUACGUACGACGAAAAAACCCGCACAUGGUGUGGUCCGCGGACAGUUUCGGUUUACAAUCCGGAAGCAAGCGUUGGCCAGAUCCUGAACCAUAUCCUGCAAAGGACGCCCGACCGCAUCAUGCAGAUCGACAUGGACUUGGGAGGGCGCAUGAAUUGCACCGAAUUCCGGACGCGUAUGAUCCGGAUGGUACAAAACCUGACAGUGGCAGGUCUCCGGAAGGGUGAUAUCGUUGCGUUGGCCACCGGUAACAGCGAGAACGUCGCACCAUUGGCAUGUGCGUUGAUGACGAUCGGAGCACCACUCAACCCACUGGCUCCAGGUUUCAACGAGGAUGACAUGGCACACAUGCUGCGUUUAACGCAACCAAAGAUGGUGUUCUGUGACGACGCCAAUGUGGAAGUUGUCCGAUUGGCCGCCCGGAAGGCUAUCGAUGGCGAACCAACGAUCUACGUGCUGGAGAGUAAGCGAACGGACGUCCGACAUGCCGAGGAACUACUCGCAGAGACGGGCCGAGAGCAGAAGUUCACACCCACACAUUUAGGCAACUCACACGAGCUACUCUCGAUGAUCCUGUGCUCCUCGGGGACCACCGGUCCACCGAAAGGUGUUUGCGUGACACACGCCCAAACGAUCACCAUGAUCGGGUGCUACCCGUUGUCAGAACCAAAUACGGUGUUCAACUUCAGCCCGCUGUACUGGCUCACGGGGGUGAUGAUGCUGUUGAACACCUUCUCUGGAGGUGCCACACGGCUCAUCACUCGUCGUCCGUUCUCGGCGGAAACGUUCUUCGAAGCAGUUGAGAAACACCGGGCUAGCUUUGUGUUUAUGCCACCAUCAUACGCGAGCCAGAUCGUGCGCCACGAGCGUGCCUCGCACGUGGACUUUUCGAGCUUGCGUAUGGUGGCUAUUGGUGGGAGUUACGUGUCGGAUGAUCUGCGUGAUCGCUUCGACGUGUUGCUGCCGAAUGGACGCACCUACAACACGGUUGGUACGUCAGAGGUUGGUUGGAUCACGUGUGAUAUUGGUGGCCGGAAGCCAGGAUCGGUUGGUACGCCGAUGGUCAACAUCUCGGUACGUAUCGUUGAUGAGGCGGGAGUUGAUCUAGGCGUCGGUCAGCAGGGUCAAGUGCUGCUAAAGUAUACCGAGCCGUUUUACGGAUACUAUCGCAACGAAGAAGCCACUCGCGAGACGGUCGAUGAACGAGGUUUUACGCGUACCGGUGAUAUGGGAUACAUGGACGAGGACGGUUACCUGUACUUGAUCGAUCGGCAGAAGGACAUCUUCAAAUACCGCGGGUUCCAGAUAUCACCGAGUGAGCUGGAGUCACUCAUAGCGCAGUUGCCUGGAGUUCAAGAGGUGUGUGUUGUCGGAGUUCCCGAGGAUGUCGAUCGAACAACGGAACUGCCCACGGCCGUGGUUGUACGCGUGCCAGGAAGCGACAUCACCGCGCAGGACAUCGUGCAAUUCGUCGCGAGUAAGCUGUCCGACUACAAGCACCUUCACGGAGGUGUUCACUUUGUGGAUGAGCUGCCUAAAACACAGAGCGGCAAGAUCCUGCGUCGCAACGUACUGGAGUUGGUGUUAUGA